AUGAGGCUCCUUCUGAUGACCUGCCCGUUGCUGCGACCCGCAUCGCUGCGAGCGGUGCGCGGCCCGUUGCAACUUGCGCGGUCACCCGGCCUCGCCGCGGUCCGGCUCCAGCUCGACGGUCUCGAUGGCCCGUUCGGGUCGGGCGGAGCCGAAUCGCCGUUCUCGUCUGCGUCCGGCGGCGCGCCGCCCUCGGAGAAGCAGGUCGCGUACGCGCAGGCGCUCUCGCUACGCACGCAGCUUCCCAUCCCACCCGAGGCGCUCGAAGACGCGGCCUCAUGCUCCGACUUCAUCAAUGCGGCGCUCGAGCGGGUGCCUCCGACGGAGAAGCAGGUGGCGUUUGCGAUGGAGCUGGCGAGCAAGGCGGGGCAGGAGAUGCCCGAGGCGGUGCUAGAGUCGUCCGCCGCCUGCUCCGCCUACAUCGACGAGCAUCUCAAGGCGCAGGGUGGCGAGGGCGGCGGCGGCGGCAGCAGCUAUGGCGGCGCCAGCAGCCGGCUGGCCGGCGCGCCCUCACAGAAGCAGCUGCUGUACGCGGCGGCGCUGGCGGUGCGCCACCGCGUCGGCCUCUCCUUCGAAGUGCUCUCCUCCAAGGCGGCCUGCUCCGCCUUCAUCGACCAGCACUCGCAGGAGGCGCCGCCCGACUCGCCGCCGCCGCCCGCGGCCGCGCCGGAGGGAGCGUCACCGCUGUUUCGAGACGAGGACAUUCCGUUCUGA